AUGACAUAUCGCACCAGCGAGGAACAUUUGGUCCCCAGCGAGGAGUAUUCUCCGUAUUCCCAGCCUGGUUCCGUUCUGUUUUCUCACCCUUGUGAAGUGGAUAACUGGUGCCAUUCCAUCCCUUUCGCGGAAGGAUACCCAUUGACCCCACCGGAUACUGCCUCGGAGUGUGCCCUAUCGGACUGUCCGGACAUGAGUGCCCAGGCAUGGAGCCAGGCGUCGUUGCCAGAGGAGUCGUGGAGAACAGCACCUGCACCGGGCAACAGCACGAUGAUGCAGUCCACUGGCAAUGACUGGCACCACGGAGCGCCCAUCACGACCCAGGAAUUGCAAGCCUUGGACGCUUCGUCUUGGCUUAAUGUAUCCCAAGGACCUGUAGACAUGGGGCUGUCGCCUGUCCUGAGCCAAGAGAGCCAGAACACGCACUCCCUUGGUUCGAUUUCGGAGCCAGAGAUUCCGCUGCUACCCCCAGGAUUGGAUCUGUCCUUCAUCAGUGAACCAAGCUGGGAUCCUUCCGCUCCAGUGAUUUAUUCCAGUGCUGGAAUGAACCAGGAAGGCUUGAGCUAUGCUACCGUUUCUCCACAGCAUGUCUCCAUUGAAGGUCCACUGUCCCAAGGAUAUGGUCUGCCACAAUCCGCGGUUUCUGAUUCCCACUCUCCAAUGGAUUACUUCCAGGGACCCCAUGCUCCAUACCCCAGGAGGACUGCUUCUGACCCAUCUGUCUUCCAAGGAAGGCCUAUCCUGCCACGGUCCGAUGGCGUACCAGCAUCUGCUAGGGUCCAGUAUACUGCAAUCGAGUCUCGCUACCCACAUGUUGGUGCUCCAGAGACUGCGAGAGUAAGUAACACUGAUGGCCGUUCCAAGGCACCUAUGGAGCCAGCCCAAAGGCAAGGCCCACCAUCCAGGCAUUACCGAGCUUCUCCCCUCAGCCAUGGAUCUCUUAGCCCACGCCCGGACACUGUGCCACCUACCAGGAUGUCCGGUCCCUACGCAUCACACCCCAGUGAUGACUUCAGCAACUUCAUCCGGUACGACCAGGAAGACAAGACGACCCCGGUGAACAACAGCUACCUAGGGGCCUAUGGAUCAGUCGCCGGCAAGCUGCCCAGCAGUGUCGGCGGCGAGGCAAAGCCUAUGAUUGCGAAGUCCACCCAGGACGGAUCUGCUGCUUUCCGGUCUACAUCAUCCGCGACUUCUUCCCAAGUCGGAGAUGGGGACGAAGGCCGCUACCGAAACCACCCACUUUACAGCGAGGGACCCAAAGCCGACGGCCUCUACCACUGCCCAUUCACGACCGACCCAAGCUGUGGUCACAAGCCCACUAAGCUGAAGUGCAACUAUGACAAAUUCAUCGACUCGCACUUGAAGCCUUUCCGCUGCAAGAUCGAAUCCUGCUCCAAGCAGGAGUUCUCUUCUACAGCUUGUCUUCUUCGACACGAAAGAGAGGCACACGGCAUGCACGGACAUGGUGAUCGUCCUCAUCUCUGCUUCUAUCCAGGCUGUGAGCGUGGCAUUCCCGGCAAUGGCUUCCCAAGGAGGUACAACUUGUUCGAUCACAUGAAGCGCGUGCAUGACCAUAAGGAUGAGGCGCCUGCCCUGAUUCAGGAAUCCCAAGGAUCGCGAAAGGCCGCAAGCAGGAAACGAAAGUCUCCGGGAUCACUGAGUGAGGAACCUGCCGCGCAGCGACGAAAGACCCAGGUCAUGCAACAGCCCACCCCUCCACCUAUGGUAAUGAGUGUCCCUGGCUAUGCUCCCCAGGCUCCAGUCUAUCAUGCGGACGCCCGCAGCCACAACCGUCAACGGGUAAUCUACUCGCAGUGGGCCAACCAGCGGGAGCUCCUCGAGUUCCAGAUGAACUCGGUCCGAAGCCCCGAUGAUGAAGCCAACUUGCAACGCCUGUCGCAGAAUAUCGAGGAGCUACGCCGUCUGUCUCAUCAAGCUAGGCAAGGCUGA